AUGACUUUUCUUUUCCGUCUCUUAGACGAGCGGAAGGAGCGGAGCGUUGCUGACGUAGGUCGGUCCACGCCGUCGGGGGGACAUACAAACCGAGACUUCCCCCGCUCCACAUACCUGUCCGUGUGGCAUGUGACAGUUCGCGAGCGUCUUUUUCACGCGAAGGACUAGAUAAGCUGGUCGGCAGGAAGGAGCUCCACCGACCGGUCGAGGGGUUAAAGAGCUCCCCGGUGGUUCCCGGUCUCCCGCCGCGACAGAGAUGGAGCGGCUGUGCGGACCAGACAACCCUUUCUGGGACGCCAGUCAGACGCUCAACACCGAACAGCCCGACCUGUCGGUAUGUUUUCAGCUCACUGUCCUGGCAUGGCUGCCGUGCAUCUACCUUUGGGCUGUGAGCCCCAUCUACCUCUUCUAUCUCAAGAGGAACAACAGAGGCUACAUCAUGAUGUCCAUUAUGAACAGGUUCAAAACGUGUUUGGGCCUGAUGUUAUGGAUCGUGUGCUGGACAGAUCUCUUCUACACAUUCCACGAACUGCGGCAGGGGCUCACCCAGCCACCCAUUUUCUUCGUCACCCCGCUGGUUCUCGGCAUGACCAUGCUAUUGGCCACAUUUCUGAUCCAGUUUGAGAGGUUACGCGGGGUUCAGUCCUCAGGGGUGCUCUUCAUCUUCUGGUUCCUGUCUGUGCUGUGUGCCAUUGUGCCUUUCCGCUCCAAGAUCCUGAGGGCCUCCAACCAGACUGCAUUUGAUAGCAAAGUGACUGACGGUGUAACCAAUAAAGCAACUGACACACUGCGAUUCACCACCUUCUACAUCUACUUCGCCCUGGUGGUCCUCGAGCUGAUCCUCUGCUGCUUCAACGAGAAGCCUCCUCUCUUCUCCAAUGUCGUCACAGACCCUAAUCCCUGCCCUGAAUCCACAGCAGGUUUUCUCUCCACCAUGACGUUCUGGUGGUUCACCAGUAUGGCCAUUAAAGGCUACAAAAUGCCUCUGGAGACCAAAGAUCUCUGGUCUCUGAAUGAACGUGACCGUUCCAAGGUGACGGUGCCCAAACUCCUCAAAGAGUGGGACAAGGAGCUGGCCAAAGCGAGGAGUGAACAGCAUCAGUUCAGCCCGGCUGUGUACUCCAAGGCCCCGCCGCUGACCACCAACCACAUCGGAGGAGAAGGUGAAAGUAGCCCGGAGGAAGUAGAGGUUUUGCUGUCAAAUCAGAAAGCAUCUCCCUACCAGCCAUCUUUCCUGCGAGCCCUCCUCAAAGCCUUUGGACCCUACUUUCUGAUUGGCUCAGCCUACAAACUCCUACAGGAUGUCAUUACCUUUGUCAACCCUCAGCUGCUCAGGAUGCUUAUCUCAUUCACCAAACAGAAGGGUGUCCCUGAUUGGUGGGGUUACUCGCUGGCCUUCCUUAUGUUCUUCACCGCCUUCCUGCAGACUCUUAUCCUCCACCAUCACUUUCAGUACUGUUUUGUCACCGGCAUGAAUGUACGCACAGCCAUCAUAGGAGCCAUCUACAGGAAGGCACUGGUGAUAACCAAUGCCGCCAAGCGUUCAGCUACGGUCGGAGAGAUAGUCAACCUGAUGUCUGUGGACGCACAGAGGUUCAUGGACCUCACCACAUUCCUCAACAUGUUGUGGUCUGCUCCUCUUCAGAUUAUGCUGGCACUAUAUUUCCUAUGGCAGAACCUGGGUCCGUCUGUGCUGGCUGGGGUGGCUGUCAUGAUCAUGCUGAUCCCUUUUAAUGCCGUCAUUGCCAUGAAGACACGAGCCUACCAGGUGGAGCAGAUGCAGUAUAAGGACUCUCGUAUCAAGCUGAUGAGUGAGAUCCUGAAUGGCAUUAAAGUCCUAAAGCUGUACGCCUGGGAGAACUCCUUUAAAGAAAAGGUCCUGGCCAUUCGGCAGAAAGAGCUCAACGUGCUGCGCAAGACAGCCUACCUUGGAGCGCUGUCCACCAUGGCCUGGACUAGCGCCCCAUUCCUGGUUGCCUUGACAACGUUUGCCGUGUAUGUGACCGUGGAUGAGAACAACAUCCUGGAUGCGGAGAAGGCCUUUGUGUCGCUCUCACUAUUUAACAUCCUCAGGUUUCCUCUCAACAUGCUUCCACAAGUCAUCAGCAGCAUAGUGCAGGCCAGUGUCUCACUGAAUCGAAUCCAAGGUUUCCUGAGUCAUGAUGAGCUGGACCCAAAUUCAGUAGACAGAAAGAACACAGCCACAGAUUUUUCAGUCACAGUUGUCAAUGGGAAGUUCACCUGGGCGAAAGAGGAUCCUCCUGUCCUGCACAAUAUUAACGUGAUGGUGCCGCAGGGCUCCCUGCUGGCAGUGGUGGGCCAUGUAGGCUGUGGGAAGUCUUCCCUGAUCGCUGCGCUGCUCGGUGAAGUGGAGAAACUGGAGGGAGAGGUUUCUAUUCGGGGAUCAGUGGCGUAUGUACCCCAACAGGCCUGGAUACAGAACGCCACCCUGCGGGACAAUAUCCUGUUCGGGAAGCCCUACAAUGAGCAGAAGUACCGCUGUGUUCUGGAAACCUGUGCCUUAACUCCUGACCUGGAAGUACUGCCUGGAGGAGAUAUGACUGAGAUCGGCGAGAAGGGCAUCAACCUCUCAGGUGGGCAGAGACAGAGGGUGAGUCUGGCUCGAGCUCUGUACAGCGAUGCUGAUGUCUACCUCCUGGACGACCCGCUGUCAGGUGACGCCCACGUUGCCAAACACAUCUUCGACAACCUCAUCGGUCCAGAGGGAGCGCUAAAGGGCAAGACCCGUAUCCUAGUGACACACGGCAUCAGCUUCCUGCCUCAGGUGGACAAUAUUAUGGUGAUGGUGGAGGGCAGGGUGUCGGAGAUGGGCUCCUACCAGGAGCUGCUCAAACAGAACGGAGCCUUCGCAGAGUUUCUCAGGAACUACGCCCUGGAGGACAUUGUAGAGGAGGAAGAGGCCACAGAGGAGUUAAUCGAAGAUGAGGAACUGUUCCCUGACGAUGCCCUCAGCAACCACACAGACAUGGUGGAUAAUGAGCCCAUGAUCAAUGAAGCCAAGAGAAAUUUCAUGAGGCAGAUCAGCAUCAUUUCGUCAGAGGGAGAGAAAACACGCUCAGUGAGGAGACAUGGCUGCAGUCAGAGGAAACACUCAGAAGAGAAGAAGAAACCACAUGAGUUGCAGAAACUCAUCCAGGCAGAGACCGCGGAAACAGGCAGGGUGAAAACAAAGGUGUAUCUGGAGUACGCCAAGGCGGUGGGACCUCUCCUGUCAGUGCUCAUCUGCUUCCUGUACGGCUGCCAGAGCGCAGCCGCCAUCGGAGCGAACAUCUGGCUCAGCCAGUGGACCAACGACGCCUCGAGAAAUCAGACUAAGGAGAAUGUUGAUAUGAGGGUGGGGGUGUACGCAGCACUGGGCAUUGCACAAGGUAUUCUGGUCAUGAUCUCUUCAUUCACACUAGCCAUGGGGAACAUCGGCGCAGCCAGGAAGCUGCACUUUAACCUGCUCACCAACAAACUUCACACGCCCCAGUCUUUCUUUGAUACCACGCCCAUAGGACGCGUCAUCAACCGCUUCUCCAAGGACAUCUUCGUCAUCGACGAGGCUCUCCCAGCCACCGUGCUCAUGUUCCUGGGCACCUUCUUCGUUUCUCUCUCCACCAUGAUUGUUAUCGUUUCCAGCACACCCAUCUUUGCCGUUGUCAUAGUGCCACUGGCUUUCACAUACAUCUUUGUGCAGAGAUUUUACGUUGCCACGUCUCGACAGCUAAAGCGUAUGGAGUCAGUCAGCCGCUCUCCCAUAUACUCCCAUUUCUCUGAGACCGUCACUGGAUCUAGUGUAAUCCGAGCCUAUGGCAGACACUCUGCCUUUGUUCUGAUGAGUGAUAUGAAAGUGGAUGAAAACCAAAAGAGUUACUACCCUGGUAUAGUGUCCAACAGGUGGCUUGGAGUGCGCAUUGAGUUCAUUGGAAACUGCAUAGUGUUGUUUGCUGCUCUGUUUGCUGUGACCGGAAAGGAGAAUCUGAACCCGGGACUCGUGGGUCUGUCAGUGUCCUACGCUCUUCAGGUGACCAUGUCUCUGAACUGGAUGGUGCGAAUGACUUCAGAUCUGGAGAACAACAUAGUGGCAGUGGAGAGAGUGAAGGAGUACUGUGAGACCAAGACGGAGGCCCCCUGGGAGGUGGAGGACAAGAAGCCCCCACCUGAAUGGCCCUCGGAGGGGAACGUGGAGUUCCAUGACUACAGCGUGCGGUACCGAGAGGGACUGGACCUGGUCCUGAAGAACCUCACACUGCACGUCAAAGGAGGAGAGAAGAUUGGUAUUGUGGGUCGCACAGGAGCUGGCAAGUCCUCCAUGACGCUCUGCCUCUUCCGACUGCUGGAAGCUGCAGCGGGAGAGAUCACCAUCGACGACGUGACGAUAUCUGAGAUAGGCCUGCAUGAUCUGAGGUCCAAACUCACCAUCAUUCCACAGGAGCCUGUGCUGUUCUCAGGCACACUGAAGAUGAACCUGGACCCCUUUGACAAGUACAGUGAUGAGGAGAUUUGGACGGCUCUGGAACUUUCUCACCUCCAAAGGUUUGUCAGCAACCAGCCGGCAAAACUGGAGCUAGAGUGUUCAGAGGGAGGAGAGAACCUCAGUGUGGGCCAGAGGCAGCUGGUGUGUUUGGCUCGAGCUCUCCUGAGGAAGACCAGGAUCCUCAUCCUGGAUGAAGCCACAGCUGCCAUCGACCUGGAGACAGACGAUCUCAUCCAGUCCACCAUCCGGACUCAAUUUGAAGACUGCACCGUCUUCACCAUCGCUCACAGACUCAACACAAUCAUGGAUUACACAAAAGUUCUGGUGUUGGACAAGGGACAGAUUGCAGAGUUUGACACUCCGACAAACCUCAUAUCACAGAGAGGAAUUUUCUACGGCAUGGCUAAAGACGCAGGACUGACACAGUAGAGGCGCCUUUUACCCCGACGUUCCAAACAGGGUUGAGGAUGAGCUCAGUUCAGUCCAACGCUGCAUUUCAAAGCCAACAGUGGAACUGAAGAGUACCGUUUAUGUGCACUUGGUAUUGUUUUCAGGGCAUUUACUGCUGGUUUGAAUUAAGCCUCAACUCCUUUGCAGACGUGGAUCAGUUAGCAGUUGCAAACAUUUGUAGUGUUUGUCUGAACACACAUCGGGACAUUUUCACGCUCCGCUGUGAUUGUCUUAAGUUCCUGGCACUGACUUUUUUGUCUGGGGCAGCACACGUCCCUUCUGAAACCCAAAUUGGAAAAAACAAGCCAUAUGUGUAAACACUAGUUGAUCCAAGUCUGCUCUUUAGUGCCUUCUGCCAGUGGGAUGAAGAAAGCCAGUGAAUGUAUCAUUUUCUAAUCGGCUGUCUGCUGCAAAAUAAAUGACGACAAAAAAGGAGGAACUUUUUUUAUUUUUACUUUUUCUACAAAGCAAAAAUACUGUGCCACUGUACUUUCCUCAUAACAAAGAAAAUACGCUUUUGUGAUAAACCCACUUAUUUUUGUACUGUACCAUUAUUUAAGCUACUUUUUAAAAGAACUGUUUCAUCUAGGGAAGUUUGCUCAGUUAAUUUUGUGAUUCUUUUGUGAACCAAAUCUAUUAAAACUUGAAUUCUGUACCACCAAAAUAUGAAUUAUGAUAAUGCCUUUAUUAAAAAAACAAAACAAAGGAAGAACAA